GUGUCCCCCCCCGCCAUUGUCAUUCUGCUGGGGGACCUCAACGUGGGACCGGCUUUAUGAAUGGGAUGCUAAGCGCAAGACGCAAGGAUCAUGAUCACCGGCAGCACAGAAGAGAAACAUUCAAGUGCCCGGUGUUGUCCUCGUUGUCCUCUUCACCUCGGAAAGCCUGUAGACCACACACGCGGGCGCACGCACACGUGGAUCGGGGGAGGGGCGAGGACGCCCCGGCAGAUGCCUGCUGAAAAACGAAGUUGUGUUGCAUCAGUGCGGUGGGAGCAGAGCAGAAGCGCAGAGCGUUACAUCAUGCCGCGUGCCCCCUCCGGCUGUACCAGGGCGCAGGGCACCGUCUCGACCCGACAACCCACAGAAGGUCCGGGCGGCGCUGCGCGCGUUCCUCGCCUGUAUACAAACACACACGCACCGCAGGAAUCCACCCGAUGAGCCGAUGGCGCAAAGCGGAGAGGCACGAACGCGAGCGGCAAGGCUCCAAAGACGCCUGUUUCGUUUUGGGCCUUGUCACGCAGGAAUGCGCCGAGGACGGAUGACGUCGCUCGGCUCCGUCGGCGUAGCGUGACCGAAACGCGAUGCGCCGGGUUACCUCCCCCGAGCUGGCGCAACCCGCUUCUUUUUUUUUGGGGGGGGGGAGCAACAAGGCGUUGUAGGCAUUCCGCAGGGGCCUCUGGAGGGCCGGCUCGCCGUCGGACACGUGCGCUUGAUAAAGGCCCGGGACUCGCCGCCGCUAGCCCCACGUACAUUCAAGUACUGACAUAUUGUACGUACAUCCAGAAAGCCUGAAGCUUUACUACAGUGAACUAUUUGUGUCUUUGUCUCCGCGGAACCUAUCCUCAGCUAUUCCCGGCUAUUAGCAUAGUAGCAAUCGGUGUCAAGGAAGUAUGUUAACUAGGCACAUGGACUCGACUGCUCUCAGAGUUUUGUGUGUUGAGGGGGAGCUAAGAAGUUACAUUACACAGUUCCGGGACGAUAGUUUGUGGUUGAAACUAAUGUAGGCAAUUCUAAACCUGUUAAGGGAGGGUGUCACUUUAUUAUUGUUAUUAUUUUGCUGUCAAUGAGGUAUCAUAAUUCAAGCCAUUUCAAGGUUUGGGAGCGUUUUCCCUAGUAAGCGAUAUGUCGAAUAAUGCGUCACCGAUGACACGGGCGCACUUAGCGUGCCUAGUACGAGUCGGCCAAAGAACGAGGCCUGGAAUCUUCUCCCGAAAUGGCUGCGUCAAACAAAAUGCACGACUUUGUGUUGAAUUUCACGCUUGGGUCCUUGAGACUUGUUACGAUAGAUUUGCAUACUCAAUUUCCUGUCGAUUGGUCAAACUGGUGUGCAGGGCUGGUUUUUCUUCUCGUUUUCCUUCUUCCCAAGGGAGCAAAAAGGCACAGUGAGUACCUCGUAUGCAUGACUGAUAACACUGGAAUUUGACAGUUUGACUCAUGUAAAUGUGUUUUUCAUGGAGGAACACGCAAAUCCUUUUUGGAGUGCUUUCCAGUUGAGUUGAAAAAGAGGCGUUGAAAAAAAAAAAAAAAAAAAAAAAAGUGUUGCAUUGUGUAUUGGAGUGGAGCGGAGUGGAGUGUGCUGUGCUCCAGGGUGACGUGCAGGCCCCAACAGGGCGGUGUUCUCCGGCCCAGAAAAAGUCCGACUGGGGCGUGAGAGCCACAUCUGGAAUAGCAGCGAGCGACGACGACGACGACGAGAGGAGCCAACAACAAGUCGAGCACUUUUCACGGAAACCUUGACUUUGUAAAUACUUGAAAAUGCUGCUCAUCCUGCUCGGAGUGCUCAUCUUGCACCUCAUCAUCCUAAUCCUUCUCAUUGUGUCCACGGCAGCAAGUGCCUGGACCGUAGGGAGCGACGUCAGCAAGGACCUGUGGUACAACUGCCUGACCAAUGACGUCGUCUACCAGUGCACUCCGGCCAGCAAUGAAGAUUGGAUCCAGGCGGUGCAGGCCCUGAUGAUCCUGGCCGUGCUCUUCUGCUUCUUCUCGCUGGUGGCCUUCGUCUUCCAGCUGUUCAAACUGGUGAAGGGCGGACGCUUCUUCUUCACCGCCAUCUUCCAGAUCUUGGCCAGUCUGUUCGUGAUGUGCGGCGCCAUCAUCUACACGGUGAUGAGGACGGACGACGUGCCCGAGUGGCAGUUCGGAUACGCCUACGUGCUGGCCUGGGUGGCGUUCCCGCUCUGCCUUAUCAGCGGCCUCAUUUACAUCGUGCUGAGGAAGAAGGAAUGAGGGAGAGCGUGGAGGAGGAGGGGGGGGGAAGAAGUAGUGGAGGAGGAAGAAGAAGAAGAAGAAGAAAAGGAGGAGGCGUCGCACUGUGCCUACUGCCCACAGACCAACAACAAACACACUGACAUCACUAGUGCGCAACAAGACCCAAACUUGUCGUCGCUUCCGUACAGUACAAAGGUGUACAUAGCGUCUGUGGUUUUUAGACAUAUUUAUAGCAUUUUGACAUUACGUGUUGUACAUAGUGUUGUUAACAUCGUUGUUACGAAGAGUGUGUGUGUCUUGCACACGUCAUGCAGCUGUGCCAAAGAAGUGUCGCUUAGUCCGCCAGAUAUUUAGUUUUAUUGGUUGUUUUUUUUUUGUUUUUUUUUAAUGCUUUGAAUAAUGUGCCUCGGCUUUGAAAAGGUUGUACUUCCUGAAGGAACUCAUAGCAAUUGCAUCAUGAAGCGUCGUUUUGUGUGUUUGUGUUACUUGUUACUCCAAAUAAAAAUGUUGCAUUUUAGUUAUGAUAAAAUGGUGCUUUUUAAAAAAAUUUUUUUUUUUUUUUUUAUAACUAUUCUUGAAAUGUAUAGCCUCUUUCAUGUUUGUGUAUCUACUUUGCGGUAUCUUGUCCUGUGAUUAAUUUGCUUUGUGUAAGCACAAAGUUUCAAGUAUUGUCAAUAUUCUUCUCAAUAAACAUUAACUUGAUUGAAAACACGCAUUGCAAAAUGUAUAUUUGAUGCUAAUGUUUGAAUCGGUGUAGAAAUGUGGAAGCACGAGGUAAAUUUGUACAAUCGCUCAGUAACGGACAAUUAUUACAUGAAAAUUGUGUGAAGUUGGAAUGUUUCCACUGCUGAGAAAUAAAGGAUGAGUCGAAUUUGUCAUUUGAAUUUAUAAAAAAUUGUCAGAAUUGUUCUUAAAUCCCUAAUUUGAUUAAUUUGAUUUUCCAAAUAGUGCUGUUAUAAUGCUGAUUGUACAAAAUGCAUGUAAUUAAUAAAACACAA